GUCGGUCGGUCCUUGGCUGAGGGCUGCGAAGAUGGCGCUGCUGGGGAUGCUCUGUGGGAUUGCCCGCGCGUGGAGCCUUGGCGGUUGCCCUCGGGCCGGGAGGGUCCUGGCAUCUUCCAGCAUUCCUCUUCUAUCAAAUACAUGCAGAUCUUUCGGGUACAGUACAAGGUGGGAAAAAAAGAACAACAUCACCUAUCCUCCACAAGGGCCAGAUGAACCUCGAAGACCAGCAGAAAUAUACCACAGUCGACGAGAUAUCAAAUAUAACAAGGAUAAGAUGUGGUACCUGGCCAAAUUGAUACGGGGAAUGGGCAUUGAUGAGGCAUUGGCACAGAUGGAAUUCAAUGAUAAAAAGGGAGCAAAAAUAAUCAAAGAGGUUCUUCUGGAAGCCCAGGAACUAGCAGUGACAAAAUAUAAUGUAGAAUUUAAAUCCAAUUUAUACAUUGCUGAAUCAUUUUCUGGAAAAGGACACUAUAUAAAAAGAAUCCGCUACCAUGGCAAAGGCUGUUUUGGGGUUAUGGACAAAGUCAAAUGUCAUUACUUUGUGAGGUUAGUUGAAGGACCACCUCCACCUCCAGCACCUGCAAAGACUGGAUUCGAUCAAGCUAAGGAGUAUGUAGAAGAACUUCGUAAACGAACCAUAAUCAAUACACUAUGACAGCUUUCAUAAAACAAUAUAUCUGUUUUUCCUUUUUGAUAAAAACAUAAAUAAAGUACAUUUUAUAAAUAAGUUUUCAAUUUCCUAUUUCUGAAAACAGUCAUACAUUAUACAUUGGUAUUUAGGAAAGGUACUUUUGCUAAUGGAGAACUGUUAGAAUUGCAAUGGUGAUCAGAAAACAAAAUAUUUUUUUUGUACUGGAUAGUGGAAGGCGGUAUGCUCAAUACUUCUAAUAUAGGCAGAACAUUGUCCUGAUCUGAUAAGUAUCUGCAUUGGAAACUACUUGGGAAUCUUGUGGAAAAUUGAAUUUCAUCAGAGAAGAAAGAUUGGAUGUAAAUAAAACAAUUACCAAUGUUGAACAAACAAAACUCUUAAGAGAAAAUGUAUUUAAUACGUAUCAUUAAAAUAUGAAAAAUACAUUUGUUGGUUAUUGGAAUUUAGUUUCAUGACUGUUCAUUAUCUUCUGAUUCUUCAUAGAGGAAUAUAUUUCUGAACAGCAAAUGAGUGAUGCAAUGAAAUUUCAGUGCAAUAAAACAUGAUUACAGAUGG